AUGUCCUUUCCACUGGAAAAGGCCGGUGAGGUGACUCGACUGAAGGAGAGGUUGGAAGCAGACCAGCGCACGACGAACACCUGCGUACUAGAGUUGAUGCUCCGGAAGCAGUCCGCUACCAGCCAGAGUCUGGGCUCAUUGGUGCACUCGAGCAAGACCAUGGAUCUGAAGAUGGAGGCCGGAAUCAGCAGCCUGCGCCAGGAAAUCACGGUCCUGGCCCGUCAGAAUCAAGCGGCACUCGCGGACAUUGCUACGAAGCUGGACCGUCUUCAUGACCUUGGGCAACGUGCGGCGAAGUCUCCAGCUGUUCUCCAGAGUCUGGUGUUCGACGAGUUCUACCAUCGGGAGCUGGCCAUCCACGAGGCCCACCAGACUACCUUCAAAUAG